AUGGCGCAGCUUAAACGUCAGGCGGUACUCAAUAAGGAGGGUGCCCUUGUUCGUGUUCCGCAAAACGGCGCACAGGGGUCCAUGUUAGCGGGUGGAUUAAACAUUGGAAACGAAACAAUCAUGGAUAGAAGCGUUAAUGUCUCGCGACGCAUACAGCACGACACAGCUGAUAUUCCACAAAUCUUCGCACUUUCGCAAACAGCACAGAAGAGCCUUACGGAUACUACCGAAGUGCAUUCACGUGCUGUCAAGAGAGAUGCUUCUGGAGCUCUUAUUGUGAGUAAUCAAGAUGUUACAGAUAUGCUUGGUCAUUCUUUGAUUGAUUUGGAGAGUUUGCAGUUGCUGAAAACGCUUGUACUAACAACUGUACGGUGGGGUCCACGUGUGGGCAUGACACGACAGCAUUUCUACAGUGCUAUUAUGGCUUUCCUUGGGACCCCUGGUGUCUCCGUAGAUGAUAACACGCUUCAACGCCACCACAGGGCACUAUUUGAUGUUCUUGUACAGGAUAUAGCCAGCGCAUCAUCGGAUGGGAACAAAUUGGCGGCCUUAGCGCUGCUUGGUCAGUUACUGCAUUUCUCUCCACAGCUUUGUGAAAUGCUGUGCAUAUCAUCCACUGGUGAUGGUACGAACCCACAAUUGAUGACAUGCAUAACAAGUGCAUUUCAGGCAAUCGAUGAAUCGAUUUCCGCAUUUCUCGCUCAUGGCGGGACGGAAGUUGCCUCUAUUUUGUGGCUUGCACAAAUUGUCUUUGACCUCCUGAUGAUUAUUUCUCAGCAGCACGCCGUCCAACUUAUUCAAAUCAAUGCGCUCUCACGCUGUAUUGCCAUGAAGGUAUGGAGGACGAGCGCACGAAUUGUAUUGGGGCACACGAGCAGCCAUGGUGGGACUGAUGCGUAUGGGUCUGAAAACAUUGAGGUGUACAGGGAGGUCAUUAAAAGUGUUUUUUUGUAUACCAUACGUUGGUUUAAUGGGGUUUUGUCCGCUUUGGACAACUCCGAGGCGGCGCUUAUGCCGAUUGCCGAGUUUGUGCGCACCAAUCAGCUUCUGUUUCAAAGUGUGUUGGGUUCUCCUUAUUUGGAUGUUCACAGGCAGUAUGUGGACCCGCUGACGCUAGGCCUCUUUGUUGAAAUUGGUGGAAUGCUCUACCGUCUCUCCUGCUCACCACUUGUAGAUGAGUGUCGUGCGCUGGUUCACCUAUUUGCGCUUACCGACCUUCUCGCCCUUCUUACGAAGAGUGAGUUUGUCGAAAGUCCCAUUUUUGUGACUGACACCGCAACAACACUUAUGUCAGUGGCAUCGCCACUCGGCGUCGGUCAGACGGCUUCCCUUCCUUCGCCAACUCAACGCCAACAGAUAUCGAUCGCAGUACAAAACAUUUUGAGGUUUCUGUUGCGAGCAGAAAACCUGAGUGCACUUUUUGCAGCGUGGGGAGAGAAUGGAUUUGCUGCGACGAAUGCAGAUGGUACAGGUAGAGAGGAGCAUGCACCACGUCUUUGCGAUGACUCACAGAGCAAGGAACUCAUGGUAACCAUAACGAAGCAGGUGGUGGUUACUAUGGAGAACGCCUAUUAUAGUGGAGUGGUGCAGGCGGUGCAUUUUAUACCCCACAUUGUCUCACUUCACUCCCUUGUUCUCUUUUUACACGCGUUUCUGCUAUUGGAUCGGGCGGCACACGUAAGAGACGCGAGGAGCCAGUGGGGUCCUAUUGUGCACGCUCUGGAAGAGGCUCAACGCGUUGUGAAUCUAUGGAAAGCCUUUCACUCAGAUUACAUCAAAGGUGUAAGGGUCAGUCAGGCGAGCGACGGGCGGUGGAGCGUUGCCGCACCCUCUAUCAGCAAUCGAUCCAUUUACCCAUCCAUCUCGGCACGGCCACAGGAUGAUGGUCACUCCACAAACAUUUAUCAACAACUCCUGGACACCCCACCACAAAUAAGUCUGAAGCGGGUAACAGAUUCUUCAGUGGAUGGGAGCUUCACAAACCAGAUCUCUACGGUCACUCUUGGAGAUGUUGGUAGUGGGAGAAUGCCGCUUGGUAAGAUGGGGGAUGCCGGCUCUCUGGCGCUUGAUGCAGUCACAUUUCCCCCAGCUGCUGGCGAUGUCUCUAUUGGUGCCUUGGUGGAGCCCACGCGUCGCAGUGAGAUGGUGCAGAGCGACGAGGUGUGGGGCGCGUUUCCUGCGCGCGACGAGGUCUUGAGCAUGGAGUCUUUUCUGCGUCAGGUGAAGGUGGCGAUUUCCAACGCCCUGCGUGUGGCUUCACACACAUAG